CCCCUUCAUUCCAAACUCCAUACACUUAUCAGUUCUCCACAAAAUAAUUCUUCCCCUUAAAACACAAGGGGAUUUCAAUGGCAAUGCCACUUUCCUUUCUUCUUUCUCUUUUUUUAGCUCCUAUCUUCACAUUCUCCUCCCAUGUUCCUGACCCUGAAGUUAUAGUCCAAGAAGUUAAUCAGAAAAUCAAUGCAUCAAGAAGGAACUUAGGCUAUUUAUCAUGUGGCACAGGCAACCCCAUUGAUGAUUGCUGGAGAUGUGACCCCAAUUGGGAAAAAAACAGGCAAAGAUUAGCUGAUUGUGCUAUUGGCUUUGGCAAACAAGCCAUUGGUGGAAGAGAUGGCAAAAUAUACAUAGUUACUGACACUAGUGAUGACCCUGUGAACCCAAAGCCAGGCACUUUAAGAUAUGGUGCAAUUCAAGAUGAACCUCUUUGGAUAAUAUUUUCUAGAGACAUGGUCAUUAAGUUAAAAGAAGAAUUAAUGUUGAAUUCAUUCAAGACUAUUGAUGGUAGAGGUGGUAGUGUACACAUUGCUGGUGGUCCAUGUAUUACUAUACAAUAUGUUACAAAUAUUAUUAUACAUGGUUUGAAUAUUCAUGAUUGUAAGCAAGGUGGGAAUGCUUAUGUUAGAGACUCACCAGAGCAUUAUGGUUGGAGGACAUUAUCAGAUGGAGAUGGGGUUUCUAUUUUUGGAGGAAGUCAUGUUUGGGUUGAUCAUUGUUCUUUGUCAAAUUGUAGAGAUGGGUUAAUAGAUGCAAUCAGGGGAUCUACAGCCAUUACUAUUUCCAAUAAUUAUAUGACACACCAUAAUAAGGUGAUGCUUUUGGGACAUAGUGAUUCAUUUACUAGGGACAAGAACAUGCAAGUUACCAUAGCUUUUAACCAUUUUGGAGAAGGGCUUGUGCAGAGGAUGCCAAGAUGUAGACAUGGAUAUUUCCAUGUGGUGAAUAAUGACUACACACAUUGGGAGAUGUAUGCAAUUGGAGGAAGUGCUUCUCCAACUAUCAACAGCCAAGGCAAUAGAUUUCUUGCUCCUAAUGAUGUCUCCAACAAGGAGGUGACAAAACAUGAGGAUGCAGCAGAAAAUGAAUGGAAAAACUGGAAUUGGAGAUCUGAUGGUGAUUUAAUGCUUAAUGGAGCUUUUUUUACAAGAUCUGGUGCUGGAGCUUCUUCUAGUUAUGCAAAAGCUUCAAGUUUAAGUGCAAGGCCAUCUACUUUAGUUAAUUCUAUUACAAUGAAUGCUGGUGCACUUGGCUGCAAAAAGGGCAAAAGAUGCUAAUUGGUUUAUGAUUAUCAAUAAUCCUAAUUAGCACUAUAUGUUCUCUUUUUUUUUGUAAUUGUCUUCUUGAGAAAUUAUGAAAUAUUAUAAUCUCUCAGUCAAUUCCCAUUUAGUAUAAGCGGGUUGAUGAGUUUGUGACUUGACCCCCCUCAUUGUAAUGUUAUGUGAUAAUCAAGGAUCAAGUGUGAAUACUACUACAACAUUUCAACUAGAAAUAAUUGUGCCCCAA